UGGCGUUGACUUGACCGUCUCCUCUCUCUCUCUCUCUCUCUCUCUCUCUCUCUCUGUCUCUCUCACUUCUCCCGCGUUUUCUCCUUCCAACCACACCAAAAUUAUCCACCACCACGAGUGAGGAGUGACGAGUGAGAGAGACGACCCCCUCUUCUUGACUCCCUCCAUUUGGCCCCGCCUCCCGAGUCCUGAGACGCUCUCCCGAAAGAGACAUCAUGCGUAUAUCCCCCUUCCUUGACCGCUUCCUCCUACGUCCAACCACAGCACUCCCACUCCGUCCUCAUCUCUAUCCCCCCACUCCCCCCUCUCAUACGCAUUCUCACAAACACCCGCCAUGCAACCCCAACCCCUCCUCUCCGACCUCUCCCAAUCCCUCUCCGAAACGCUCGCCGCUGCCUCCGCGGUCCCGCUCUUCGCGUCCUUGAUCGGGGGAUUGAACCCCGUUCUCCAAGCCAUUCAACAAUCGCAGCCCGAUGUCGGAACACUGGGCGCCGUGGAGUCCCUCGGCCCCGAGAUCCGCCGCGCCCGCGCCGUGGUGCGCGGCUGCGGCGCGUCGGCGGUGCGCGCCCGGUUGCUCGAGGACGCCGCGCGCGGCGUCGGGCGCGGCCUCGGCCGCGUGAUCGAGGCGUGGGCGGAGGCGCCGGCGGAGAUGAGGGCGGAGAUGGAGCGGCUGAGGAAGGAGAUGCUGGAUGUGAGAUUCGGUGAUCAGCUGAAAGGGAAGCAGGGGGAGAUUGUUGCCGACGCCGACGACUUGAUGGUGAGGAUCAAGAAUGGGGAUGAGGACGAGCUCGGCGUUGUGCUUUCGGAGAUUGGGAUUUUGAUGGAAGAGGGGUUUUUGGUGGUGGGAGAAGGCGGGAGCUUGAUUCCGGCCUUGUUGAAUCGAUUGGGUUCGGCGAAUUGUGGCAACAGAGUGAAGAUAAUCUCGGCUUUGAGAAGUCUUGCAGCCCGCGGCAAUGAUAACAAGGAGAAAAUGGCAAGUGUUGAUGCACUUUCGAUUAUUGUGAGGUCUUUGGCGAGAUGUACCGAGGAGAGGAGGGAAGCGGUGGGAUUGCUUUUGGAUAUAUCGGACAUCUUGAAAGUCCGGCAGAGAAUAGGUCGAAUCAAGGGAUCUAUUCUUAUGUUGGUCGCACUACAAAAUGGAGAUGACCCGCGUGCUAAGGAUGAUGCAGGAAAGUUGUUACAUGCUUUAUCGGCCAACACACAAAAUGUUCUUCUGAUGGCGGAGGCUGGUUGUUUUGUACCGAUGAUGCACCAUCUUAGAGAAGGUUCUGAUAUGAACAAGAUUCUCAUGGCGACGGCCAUUUCGAGGAUGUUACUCACGGAACAAAUGAAAGCCGUGCUUGGAGAAGGCUCAAUCGAACCCCUGGUGAAAAUGUUCACUUAUGGGAAGCUCGAAGCUAAGCAAGCCGCACUGGGCGCCAUUCGCAACCUCUCUACCUUGGCAGAAAAUACAGAACUCUUGAUAAAUUGUGAUGUAAUCUCACCGCUAUUUCAAGUUCUUUUCUCCGUUACAUCAGUGCUCAUGACACUUCGAGAACCCGCUGCAGCACUACUAUCAACUCUAGCGAAAUCCGAACUAAUCCUUCACCAUAGAAAUGUGGCUCAGCAAAUUCUCUCACUUCUCAACUUAUUGAAUCCAGCUAUCCAGCUUCACCUUUUACACGCUCUCAAUAGCAUAGUGAGUCAUUCUACUGCGAAAAGAGUCAGAGCUAAACUUAGAGAAAAUGGUGUCAUGCAGCUUCUCCAACCAUUCCUAACAGAAAGCAAUUCGGAAAUUAGGGCUGUCUCAUUGAAUCUAAUAUUCAAUCUGUCAAAAGAUUCCACACAAGAGUUGACUCAACAGCUUGGGGAGUCCAAUGUCAACAUCUUGAUAAGGAUUAUCUUCUCAUCAACAUCCGAGAGCGAAAAGGCUGCCGCCAUCGGAAUUCUUAGUAAUCUACCGGUGAAGGACAAAAGGGCAACUGAAUUUCUUAAUAAAGCGAAUUUGCUUCCACUUGUAAUCUCUUUAUUAGGGACAAGCAUAAGUUCUUCUUCAACACCACCUACAAGGAAAUGGUUACUUGAGAAUAUUUCUGGGUUAUUGAUUCGGUUCACCAUUCCCUGGGAUAAGAAACUACAGAGUACAGCAGUUUCUCAGGGAGUGAUCGGUUGCCUUCGCAAGCUACUCUCAGAUGGAUCGAUAAUUGCCAAGUCCCGAGCAGCAACUUCAUUGGCUCAGCUCUCGCAGAACUCGCUCACUUUGUGCAAGGCCAAGUCACCAAAAUGGUUGUGUGUAUCCCCUUCCUCUGAAACUUAUUGCGAGGUUCACAAUGGUCAUUGCACUGUCAAAAGCACUUUCUGCUUAUGUAAGGCCGGUAUCGUAAGUCCUUUAAUACAAGUGUUAGAGGGCAAGGAGCGAGAAGCAGAUAUUGAGGUUCUAGAAGCUCUGGGUACUCUAAUGCAAGACGAGAUGUGGGAAAGGGGAAGCAAAGUUAUCGAGAAAGCGUCCGGAGUGCCGGCUCUUCUGCGCGUCCUUGAAGAGGGUAAUUUGAAGGCUCAAGAGAAGGCAAUAUGGAUGCUCGAGAGGAUCUUUCGGCUUGAAAUUUACAGAGAAAUGUACGCCGGAGCUUCUCAGGCUCUGCUUAUUGAUCUCACGCAGAGGGGAGAUCCGAUCCUGAGACCGAUGAUUGCUAAAAUAUUGGCUCACCUCCAACUGUUGCAGAUGCAAUCUAGCUACUUUUCAGAUGUCUUAAUUUUGUCAUAGGAAGAAGAUCUUGUACAGUGUUAAGCGGAAAUCUUUUUCGAUGCAAUUCUGAAUUUGUCUUUCAAGUCCUUAAAGGAGCCAAGGUUGUUAUUUUAUUGUAGAGGUCAGUUGUUAAUUUCAAGUUCUUUUGUACCUGUAUUGAUAAUUUUAUUGUAAA